CCACAAAAAUAAAAAUCUGUUUCUGAUUUACCUCUGCUCACCUAUCUUGUCACACAAACCAACACACACACCAGUAGCCCCUGCUUCUUCAAUUCUAUCCAAUCCAGUCCACCAAAACAAACAGUAGUUUCAAUGGCGGCCAUGCCAAUAGUAGACACUGAAUACCUUAAAGAGAUUGAAAAAGCUCGCCGUGAACUCCGUGCUCUCAUCUCCAACAAAAAUUGCGCUCCCAUCAUGCUUCGAUUAGCGUGGCAUGAUGCUGGAACAUAUGAUGUUAACACAAAAACCGGAGGUCCGAAUGGUUCGAUUCGGACCGAAGAAGAGUACAGCCAUGGUUCUAAUAAUGGAUUGAAAAUUGCUAUUGAUUUUUGUGAAGAAAUAAAGUCCAAACAUCCAAAGAUUACGUAUGCAGAUCUAUACCAGCUUGCAGGCGUUGUUGCUGUGGAGGUUACUGGUGGCCCUACUGUUGACUUUGUUCCUGGGCGAAAGGAUUCAAAGAUCUCUCCUAAGGAAGGCAGACUCCCAAAUGCAACCAAAGGUGCACCACACCUGAGGGACAUAUUUUACCGCAUGGGUUUAUCUGACAAGGAUAUUGUGGCGCUGUCAGGAGGACACACUCUGGGAAGAGCACAUCCAGAAAGAUCAGGCUUUGAGGGUCCUUGGACUAGGGAGCCACUCAAAUUCGAUAAUUCAUAUUUUGUGGAACUUCUAAAAGGAAAUUCAGAAGACCUUUUAAAACUUCCUACUGACAUCGCAUUGCUGGAUGAUCCUGCUUUCCGCCCUUAUGUUGACCUGUAUGCUAAGGAUGAAGAUGCAUUCUUUAAUGAUUAUGCAGUUUCACACAAGAAACUGUCUGAAUUAGGAUUCACCCCAAGUUCCUCCAAAAAAAUCAAGGACAGUGUUGUAUUGGCACAAAGCGCAGUCGGGGUUGUCGUUGCUGCUGCCGUGGUGAUACUCAGUUAUGUUUACGAAGUCCGUAAAAAAUCCAAGUGAGAAUCUGAAACAAGCGACAACGUUCGAUGCAAGUCACUGUCUCUGUUUCCAUGAAUUAUAGAUGUGUUAAUUAAAAGGAUUUAUGUCAACCUAAAUAUAUAUACUGUCAUUAUUUAAAGUUGAAAUACUUCAAACAAUUUGACUUUAUGUUUGAUUAAUUAAUACCCUAAAUAAUGGAGUGUUCCACAACA